CAACGGGGACCUCGGCCACUGCAAUCCCUGAGUGAACACAACAAAACGUAACAGGAGUUCUUGGGACCACCACCUCACCACCUCCACCUCCUCUUCCCGCCCCCGUCUCCUUCCUCAUACACACUCACACACACAUCCAGGAGGUGAAAUUAACUUGUGGAUAAUGUGAAGUGUUAAACGUCAAGAUGAGAAAUCCGCAGACUUAAUAUGUCUGUGUGUAGGGCUUGUGUGAUGAAAAAUACCUUGUAACCCCAAAGUCACUGAGGUGGAUGUGUGCUACGCGACUCCAGUGGUGAGGGUCGUCAUGCUACCCUCAUUAACCUCAGAUAUCACCACAAUAUGAAGUACACAUAGGGAGACAGCAUCAUGCACUUCUGGAUUGACAAGAGAAACGUUUGUGGUCAGAGACGGUCCCCUCUCACCCGGCCCUCGCCACCCUUCAAACCUCGCUACUGUCCUAUGGUCACCCCCGUACACAGGUUCCAGCGAAUAGAAUCGAUGCAGCUGGAUGGUCGCCGGUGUGGCCAGGGACGCAGCAGUCGUCGCCUGGGGUCAGCCUCACGUCCUCCUACUGACGAUGAGGAUGACAGCGUCAGAGUCCACCUGGCGGACACCACCACGCCUUCUACCACGCCAGGGGAGGAGGUGUGUCUUACGCGCCUCAACGUCCCCUCCACCCACGCCUCCUCCCGCAGAACCUCCGCCAAUUCCUCCGUCUACUCCCGCAUGCCCGACAACUUCAACCUCUUCCGAAUGGGCGGCAUCAAUUGGUGCUUGUGGACGGCGUUCAUUGUCAUCACCAUGUUGCUGGUGCCCGCCCAUCUCUACCUCAAGAACUCCAACUACCGCGGGGAGCUGAUCGGUAUCUUGUUCGUCAUCAUCCUGCUCUUCUUGGUGUGUUUUUCAGUGUCGCUCUUCCACACCAAGACCCGCGCCAUCCUCCUUCACCGCCUCAACCUGGAGGACGACGCCCGGGGUUGUACUCUCGACUCUGAAACCGCCUCACCCUCGCGCCGGCGACCUCUGUUCCCCUCCACCACACUCACCAACAACCGCUUGCCUCGACACCUCUCUUACCCUCUCGUGCGGGUCUCAAUGUCCUCACCUGAUCUCCUCAUCAAUGGACAGACCACAAGCGCCACGGAGAGAGUUGGUCGCUCACACCCCCACGUCACGCGAGGGACCCUCAACGGCGUCCUGAGGUCGUACGAACUCACUGAUCAGAGGCCACAGGCGUCUCCUGCCACUGAUGCAGGCAGUGACCCGCCACCCUACCACUUGGCCAUCCUCCUACCCACGCCCACCCACUCCCCAAACUCCAGAGAGUGUGAGACGCCCCCGCCCGCCUACGAAAUCGUGCAGUGACGUCACAGUUAUGCUGGCUGUAACAAAAUAGUGACCACAAGACACAUGAAGUUGUAUGUAUCGUGAGUUACAAUUUUGACCAAGUUACGCCUAGGUGUUGAGCCACGCUUGUGCAUCACAUAGUGUGGCCAGCCAGCCAAGGAAACAACACCAGGGACCUAUACAGGAGGCGACGCUGCCGAGGUAACAUCCCCACAUCUGCUCACACGUCACACACACGAGUGAAGCCACACGAAUCUACUUUUUAUUUUGCCUUGAGAUAAGUGUUAGCUUACUGUAUCGUCGUGUGACAAACAAAAAAAAGCAUCAGAGUGAAACACAAACAGAAGCAAGUAAAUCAACCCAAUUUGUGAUGAGGAUCUACUUAACAGAACUAACAGCAACACGUCUUUCAGUUAAUCAAACCAAAGUGAGAGUAAACACACUUUAACAUUAAAAUUAUCUGAUCUUUCAACAUUACGACACUGAAAAGUGUUAAAAUAGGUGUUACUCCAGCAUAACCUUUAAAACAUCUUUAAGGACAAUGGGUUUAACCUUUGAAAAUGAUGCUUUAACCCUCUAAAGAAGGUGGCUUAAACCAUCGUAUCGUUCUAAAAUGGGUUAAAUCAUCAUCUUCAAAGAUUUAAAUAUUCACCUUUAAAGAGUUAAAACCAUUAUCUUCAGAGGGUUAAAACCAUCGUCCUCAAAGGGUUAAAACCAUCGUCCUGAUAGGGUUAUCAAUCGUCCUCAAAGGGUUAAAACCACCAUCUUCAAAGGAUUAAAUUCAUUCUAAAACAGGGGUUUAUAUAUCAAUCACGGCUUUGUUUAGUGGUUUCGGUCGAUGCUGCCACCCAUGGGCUCAAAAUAGUAUUAACAUUAAGACGACAGGCUGAAAGAUUCCGCUUGGGAGGAUUAUCAUGAACCUAGUUAUCAAAAAAUAAUAAUCUAGCCGGUAAUGGGAUAAUCCAGAAAGCAGUUGGAUAAUUUAUCACGUCAAUUAAAUAAUUCAAGAUAAAAUUACAUGUACAUUCAAAGUAUUACCUAAAUUAUCUGGGCAUAAUCUAAAUAAUUCAAAUUGGGAUAAAAAUUGGGAUUUUACCUAAAUUAGCUGUAAAUCAUAAGGUAACUAAAUUAUCAAAGCGGUCUUUACAUAUUUGAGAAUUAUACCCAAACCAAUCUACGUGGUGCCUGAAAUAAUUACUUGAUAAUUUUAAGUAACAUGUACAGAUAACACUGAAAGGCUCCAAAUAUAUAUAAAAAACAGUAUAUAAUAUUAGGCAGUGACAAUGUACGGAAAGCUUUAAUUAAUAGCUAAGAUAACCAAAAAAAAACACUAUUUGGAAAGUUUCGUUGUAAACCAGUUCGUUAUUCAUUGUAUAUACUAGGUUAAUGUAGGUCCACAGCUCCUAGAUAACGAACACUAUUCUUGUUUUUACGUUUGGCAAAUGUUAAAGUUUAUGUUAUAGGGAGUUAAGACGAGGAUUCCAUUGUUAAGUUAUUGGUAUUUCAAUCUUCUUGUUGCUAUUAACGGUUCGAUAUCCUAACGUUAACCGCCUUGUAUGGUAGAUAACGUUAUGAUAUCGGAACCUAAACCACUAAAACGAUUAACAUACCGAUAUCCUAACGUUAACCACUUGAUUUUUUUUUGUUAAUAAUUGGGGAUGAAAUUCUUUAAAUAUUUUGUUGUGAUUCCGGGUCCUGUUUACUGAUACUUCAAAUCUUAAUAGAAAAAAAUAAUGAAUCAAAUAAACUGAUCAUAAUCAAACGUUAGUAAGUCAUAUCUAGUAUAUAUUUUUUUUUAAGGAAUCUGUAUGAAUGUUUGUGAUUCAUUGUGUGAAUAGAAAUUUACAGAGAAAAGUGCGUGUGUAUUUUGAGUCUGUAUGGAGAAAUGUCUGUAUGUAUCUUGGUGUGUGUGUGUGUGUAUGUGUAUGUGUUUGUGUGUUACUCUAUACGGUCAUGUGUGUGAUAUUUGUUUGUGAAUCUGUCUGUACGAAUGUUUGUGUUUGCGUAUGUGUGUUUAUCUAGUAUUAACCAAACUUAACUAGAGAUUUUGUAGGUCUUUCAACUUCGUGUAUUCUACUAUUUAAGAAUAACGAAUUUCUCGUGUGAUUGUUAACGUGUGAAAAAAUACUUCAUCGAGAGUUUUGUGUCAGAUAACUUACAUAAAAGAAAUGAAAUGCAAAGAAAAAUAUAUAACAUACAUUGAUGAGUUGAAACUAAGCGUAGUAACCUGCUAAGAAUAUUGUGUUUAUUUCGGGGAGAAACAUACUCGAACAAUAUGCAUAUAGUGAUUCAGAGCCUUUAGCGGCAUGAUCUCUGACUUAUUUCUAAUUUACAUUAUUUUGAGCAUAUAGAGGAAGAAAAUAACACCACUAUAACGCCAUAACAUAACCCAUGCAGUAAGAGGAGUUUACCAAGCGCACUGUAGCAGCAGCCGCACCUUACCCCGUCUUAGCUUGCUUCUUUUGCUGUUAUUAUGCCGUUAAGGCUCCCAUAUCCGUCAUUUUUAUGGAUAUGUAUAAUCUACAUGUCAUCAGUAUUGAAGAUUCUAGCUUAGAUGUGUCACGAUGAGAAGGAAUAUUCACUUUUGGUAGUUUAUUUUUCAACGCUCACUCAACGAAGGUGGAACGGGUGGCAGCUCCCAUUUGGCAGCGAAUGCCUGUGAAUUUUUUUUUUUUUUUUGGGUGGUCACUGCGAGCAUUUACGUUGUGCCUGAUACUUGAUCGUGUUAUAAUCACGCUCCCACAUUGCUAAAGCAGGCUUAGAUCUUGAUAAUGUUGCUACCAAGAGCCAUGAAAGGGGAAGUAACGUGACUGUGUUUAUCUGUGACUUGAGAUAACAGGGGAACACUCACGGGUCUCUGUUCUUCACCAUCACCUGCCGACCUGUGUUAGUAAGCCAGACUGCUGUAGUUAUAGGAAACAGUAAAUGAGAAUAGAAUUGAAGCGAGACGUGUGAUUCGGUUUAGUAUAAGACUCAUAUUGGUUAGUUUACAGUUGUAUCUACUUAUGCACAUACAGAAGUGAUUUACAUAUACAUACACUGUAGAGGAAUGGAAGGCUCAUGGAUACACACACGAAAAACUGACACACACACACACACACACACACACACACACACACACACACAAUGAGUGGAGAUUGAAUAUUUCCACGAGAGGCCAAGAUGGACGGAGGCGGGUCCUCAACAAACCAUCAACUCUCAACAUCAUUAUACACUCAUGGUAUUGUAAACUUACUUACGGUGAUAGAUUAAAAACGACCACAAUUGUAAACACGUUGUAAAAAUAUGUUGAGAGACAUUUUUGAAGGUUUUGGUAGGGCGGUAACCAGUCAAUACAGUUUAGUUUUGUUUUUCGGUGAAUGGCUGACAUUAUAUGACCGUCAUUGAAGUAUGGGAAUGUAAUUGAUUGUGGAAAUUAACCUUCUUUUGUGAACGCUAUGAACAUAAUUCUUCCAUGCUUAUGAAGGGAGUAUUAGAUGAAGUAUUUUAUGGAAUGAUAGUGGUUACAACAGCAUCCACGUUGACCACCUAAGCUGUAACACUGACUCGACGGAUCCAGCAUUGAGAAAUUCCUGGGCUUUAUCGAUUUAAUCUGUGUUGUGUCUCCUGUCUCGGCAUUUACCAAGAUCCAGGGUUUUCUUGCACGAUCUUUAACCCUUUAAUAGCCCUAAGUUUAAUAUCCUAGCUUUAGGGAAGUAAUUGCUGCUUAAUUUAAAUAUAUUUCAUGAGACGCAAAUUUACCUAACUUAACCUAACCUACGUCUUGGUAAUAAGAGAGGGGAAGUGUGUGAGAAAACUGGGGCAGAUGCUUGAAUGGCAAAGGAAGCGUCGAGGCAGACACCCAGGGAAUAGUCCACGUGGCUAUGGUCGCUUAUUUUGGGAAGCAACGUUAUUUUAUUCAUUGGACUAGGGAAGUUUGAUCAAUAAUUAUCGCUUUUCCAAAUACUAUUAAUACUUCAUUAUUUCCGUUCUUUGAUAAGCUUGGAAUAAUUAUGUUUGCAGUGUUGAUCCCUUGAAAUUAUUUGGUUAUUGAUUCGCGGCUUUAGCCAUACAUAUCAAGACCCACUGGAGAAAUUAGCCGCUGAAACCCUCCAGCAAUGACGCAAUACAAGAUAUUACGGAACCUGUGAGAACUUUGUACAAGGACUGUGUGAUUACAAGUAGGGUUAGUGAGCGAGUGUUGGUGAUGUAACUGCUCAGAGUACAACCUGUAUUAACGCACAACUUCACUAGUUUCAAGGGGUUGUCCGCCCAGCCUAGAGUUGUUGGCUAGGCUGUUGCUGUUGCUCUCACUCACGCCCUCACCCACCCACCCACACCAUUCACUAUUAGUAUAUAUAUAUAUAUAUAU